AUGGCGACUAUUACAUUUGCUGUAGCUAAUGUUGAUGCAUGUGCUAGAAGAUAUACUGAAACUCAGCAACUAUCGGAAGCUGAUUUAGCCCGAUGGGCUUUAAAAGAUGAAAACUUAUCACUCGAAAAUUUUCAAACUAAUUAUCCUUUAGCUGCUGAACUUAAUGUUUAUUGUUAUCAUUAUCCACUUGAAUUAAGUGUUGAAGACAUUUGGGUUGCUAUUGCACAAGGUGUUGGGAUUCAUCUCAAUCAAAAUGCUGAAAAAUAUCGAUAUCUAAUGGUAUCACAUGAAGGACAAAAAGAAUUAAAUUUGAAUGUUGAUAGCCUUCGAAUACCAGAUUCUGAUCGACCAAAAUAUGGUAAUAAAUCUGUACCUGCUAUUGAUUGGUCAAGAGCUGUUCGACUGAUGUGUGGAUUGGUUAAAGAUGAUAUGAAAACAGAUAUGGCUACACUUUUGACAACUCCUUUUUCAGGUACAACACCAGUUGAACAAGCUGUAUUUGAUUGUACAUUAAUGGAUACUGUCAAAGCUUAUUAUAAAUACCGAUGCUGUUUAUCGUGUGGUAUUCCUGAAGUAACAUUACGUGGUUCACCAGAUGAUUUUCAACAAGUGAUUGAUCGUAUCCAUCAACUUCGAACAAUUUUUACUGAUUUUCAUUGGUGGUUAGAUUCACUUUUA